CAUGGAUCGCCGCUCAAUGACCCGAAAUGAAGUUCCCAUCCCCCGCGGGGUUCCAUAGACAUGGAGAGACAACAAUCGCCUGGUCGGCCUUGAAGCCGACUACUCGAUCAACUGUUGAAUGGUUGAUCCUUUCCUUAAACUACCGUGCUCGUCUUGCCAUUCUCUCGCUUCCUCGUUGCUACAAAGUCUUUCGACUGGCAACUCUUGUUGUUUGCACCUCCCUGAUCGAAUCCAUUUCAAUUUGACGUGAAUUUAUCGGACUCAAUAUGGCUGGCUCAAUGUGGUAUACGUUGGGCGUGUCCUGCUUCGCCGCUGUUGGCACCUUCCUCUUCGGCUUCGACACUGGCAUUGCGACGACAACAAUUGCGCAUCAGUCAUGGAUUGACUAUAUGGGCCAUCCAUCCAAAGGCUUAACCGGAGCCGUCGUUGCCGUUUACAUUGCUGGAGAGGCUGUUGGAGCCCUCACCCAGACAUUUAUUGGUGACGCGUUGGGACGAAUUCGCUUCAUGCAGCUUAUGUGUGUUAUUGUCACCAUCGGAACCGUCAUCCAAACAGCAGCUCAGAAUAUGGGAAUGUUUCUGGCCGGACGCGUCUUGGCUGGGAUCGCUGUUGGUGGUAUGGUCGCAACUGUCCCUAUAUAUCUGAGUGAAAUCUCGGCUCCAAAGCAUCGUGGUCUCAUUGGAGGUAUCUCUGGUUGCGGCAUUUCGCUCGGGACAAUGAUGUCGAAUUGGGUCGGCUUCGCGUGCAGUUAUGCCUCUUACGGUCCGACACAAUGGCGAUUGCCUCUGGGAAUUCAAAUUCCUUGGGGGCUCAUCCUGUUUACCGGCCUUGCUACGUUUAUGCCAAAUUCUCCUCGACAGCUUAUCAGGAAAGGUAAAAUCGAAGAGGCUCGCCGUCACUUUAUGCGCAUUCGACGAGAUCUAAACAACCACGAAGUCCAUGAGGAAUUUGUCUUGAUGCGAGCACAGAUCGAAUUUGAGAUGCAACGUGAGAUCAAGUCUAUCAAGGAAGUCUUCAAGUUGUUUCGUCACAGAGCUCUUGUCUCGAUCGCCGUGCAGACCAUGACUAGUCUCACUGGCGUCAACGUGAUUCAAUACUACCAAACGAUUCUCUUCAAAUCCCUAGGAAUCAACAGCCAUAUGAUUCUAGCCUUGGCUGCCAUUUAUGGAACACUUGCAUUCCUCUCCAAUGUACUCACGACGAAGUUCCUGACUGAUCAAUGGGGUCGACGAAAGAUGAUUCUUGCUGGUCUAUCUGGAAUCAUCGUCAUCGAGAUUUACGCCGCCGUGAUGCAACGUGAAUUUCAAAAUACCGACAACAAAGUUGGUAAAGGAUUUGCGGUGCUUGGAAUCUACUUGUUUGUGGUGACAUACUAUGGCAUGCUGAAUAGUACUACUUGGCUAUAUGGUGCUGAAGUCCUACCUGUCGCUUUACGAUCCAAGGUUAUGGGCUUGGCUGCAGCAUCGCAUUUCAUUGUUAAUGUUGGAAUCACCGAGGCUGGUCCGUCUGCAUUUGCCAACAUCCGCGAGAAUUAUUACUACGUCUUUGUUGGAUGUUCAGCAUUCUUCCUCGUCUUAGCAUACUUGUAUUUUCCUGAGACCAAGCAAAGGACAUUGGAAGAGAUCGCGGCUGCGUUUGGUGACAAGGUCGUGUUGGUCACCGAGACCGAUCUCGCCGUUGAAGAUGCUGUCAUGCAUGAUAAAGCCGAGACUGUACAGCUUGAAAGCACUCAGGGCAAACCAGUGCAACCUUGAAGAACGAGGAAGAGGACACUGUAACACCCUCAGGAAAAUGGAAUCCCGCAAUCAUGAUCAUUCAACCAGGGGGGUUCGACUUGUACCUAGC